UGUAAUCAUGGCAGCACCAAAAGCCACUACGAUAAAGGAGGCGAUCAAACGAUGGGAAGAUAAGACUGGUCAGUCAGCAGCCACUGCUACAGAAGUAAGCUUGAUAUUUCAGUGGCCACCUAUUGAGAAAAUGGACAACAGCUUGGCAGCACUUACGAACUGCGAAAAGUUAAGCUUAUCAACAAAUAUGAUUGAGAAAGUUACUGGAAUCAAUAGUUUGAAGAAACUCCGAAUUCUCUCCUUAGGAAGGAACUACAUCAAGUCAUUCGCUGGCAUGGAAUCUGUGGGUGACACCUUGGAAGAGUUGUGGAUUUCCUACAAUUUAUUGGAAAAGCUGAAAGGGAUACACGUGCUGAGAAAUUUGCGAGUAUUAUACAUGAGCAACAACUUAGUGAAAGAAUGGAGCGAAUUCAAUAAACUUCAGGAGUUGCCUCAUCUCGAGGACUUAUUGUUCGUCGGGAACCCGCUAUACGACGCGUGUGAGCUGGAAGCGUGGAGGUCGGAAGCAGCACGAAGAUUACCAGGGCUGAAGAAACUGGAUGGAGAGACCGUGCUGAGAGAGGACGACCCACCAUUGACGGUCGCCGAUAUGCAGCCCGACGGUGGCGACGCCGUAGAGACAUUAGUGAGCGCUGAAACCAACGACUAAAGAGUUCGGACGCCAUAAACCAAAACAACAACAUUCUAGAAAAAAAUAUCUUUUAUUUCUCCUUGUUUGUUCCUUACAACUAAUCAAUAACACUAUUAUUUAUUGUACAUCUUCAUAGAAGGCAAUUCUUAACUUAAUUAUUACAUUAUUUUAAUUAAACUUAAUAUUUAUUUAUAAUAGGUAUAGUGUCAUGCAAGAACCAUCUCUAAUACUUAUAAAAAAAAGUCUAAUUUCAUUGAAGGUCUCGACUAGAGUUAAGUCAUAAGAUUAAAGAAAAUUAAAGUAAGCAAUAUAUUUUAUACGAAAGGAUGAUUUUGCAUAACCUACUACAUAUUUAUAGUUUUUCCUUACGGUGCUUGUUUGUAGGCUUGGGUAAAAUAACGAUAUAUCAAAAUAUCGAUAUUUAUCAGAAAAUAAUCGAUAUUUAUCGUCGAUAAUUUCAAACUAAAAAUAUCGAUAAUUAUUUUAGUGUAUCAAAUUUGUAAUAAUUUAGAUAACUGCUUUUAAGAGAUUAAUACCUUAAAAAAUGCAUCAAAUCUACUAAUGUAGAGUAUGCACAUCAAUAUUUUUACAUUACAUAAAUCGAUAUAUUUUGAAAACAUUCAUACGUUAAAUAUCGAUAUAUUUUUUUCGUUUGCCCAUCCCUAGGUGCUUGGCAUACCUUGAACUACAAAGCAAAAUAUUUUAGUACACAUUUCCCAUUAUCUCAUAGAAAUUACUCAGGGACAACACAAUUCUUGUUUAUAAUAUGUUUCAUAUUGAGUCACAGCAGGUACAGAAGUAAUAAAAGUCUACAGUAAUAAAUGAUGCGGAGAAGAUUCCACGAGCUUAAAAAAAUAUUCAUCAACAUCACUCAUUAAAUAAAACUAGUUUUUACGAGUUAAUGCACGAAACUUUAUUUAUUUAUUGAUGUUUCGUAGCCUUUACAGGCUUUGUCGUCAGAAUAAAAAUUCAUAAGAUUAAUUUAUUCUGACGACGAAGUCUGUAAAGGCUACGAAACGUCAAUAAAUAAAUAAAGUUUCGUGCAUUAACCCGUAAAAACUAGUUUUAUUUAUAUUCAUCAACUUUACACCAGUGUGUCCUUUUCAUUCCUUGUAUAAAAUGAUAAGGACAGACAGUUGUCGAGUUUACAAAUGAGGAACUGGCGUACAUAACGGUAUAAUUACGCAUCUGGUCAAACAUUUUUUUGGAGUUUACUCCUUAAGAAUCGAUUUGCAUAUAUAAGGGGCCCGGUAUGAGAAAAAUUUGAGGAGUGAAAUCUAUCGAUGAAUGACCUCGUUACGUUUUUACUGACUACGCUGUAGCAGCCGUAGUGCUACAACGUAGCACAGUAUCGUAGCGUACCUUUAUUUAUGCACAUCUGAAAUUGACUAUUAUAAAAAGUUUAAUGUAAAAUAUUUCGUCGAUUAGUUAUAAUAAAUGUAUAGAAAUGAAUAAAUAUAUAUUUAUAUAAGUGCAUUAUUUUCAUUAAUUUGUUAAUUUACCCUUUGAUACAGUAUUUUUAAGUUAAAUAAAUUCUUUUUGCGUCUGGUUAGACUAUCGAACUUAAGAAGUAAACUCCAGUCGUGCGUCGGAGCUGACACACACAAUUUUUUUUACAGAUUAGAUUAGAUUUCCCCAGUGAUGGCUCCCUCAGGAUUUGGCCAAUAUCUGGUGUUUGUGUCCAAAAUUUCUUGUCUAGGUUUGUUCGGUGAGGGCUUGUUUAUUGUCUUAAACUCUGCUUAUGGUGUAGAAGGGCUUUGUGCAAGUACACGGACCUAGGAUUUGGGAAAAGAAUAGGGAAAAACAGAAAGGAAAGGUCCGGAGGUUACGGGCACGUUGAAUUUGAAUUUCAAAUAUUUUCAAUGAACAUCACUAAAACAAUGUUAACAUUAUUCAAUUUAUAAAUUAAAAACCAUGCCAAAACCCUCCUGUAGGUAUGUCAUUCAGUUUUAUACAGCAUUAAUUUAAUUUUAUGUAAUUAUAUCGUUUUGUUCACCAGCUCCUCUCAAAUAGCAAAUACUAAUAGCGAAGUGAAGUGCCAGCAUAAAUACAUUUCCUACAAAUACUUAGAAGACAAAAGACUCAGCAGAGCAGAGAAGAUACCACAGAAAAUAUUGUUAAAUAAAAUAAAAAUGCUACCGUGCUUUUAGGGGUCAACCAUUUAGUAAGUCACACAAAUUUUGUGUUUUGGUGAAAAAAAAUCUUGUCACAGUUGGUCACAUUUGCGAGUCCCGUCCAUCCUUAAUGUGACGCUAUUUAUGCUUUAUUAUUAUCCUUAUUGACAUUUUUUGCUAUUUUGCAUCUAGAAAUUAUUAAAUAAAAACAGCAGUUCCGCAAAUUAGUCAACCCAGCAAAACCCAUACAGGUAGAAUUUCAAGUAUUUUAAAGUUUUAUUGAUAAAAUUUUUUAGUACUAAUAAUAAUACUAACCUUUAUUUAUCACCAUAAUCUUCUCAAUGUUCAUAAUAUUGGUAUUAAUGGUUACAUAAAAACAAUGAUACAAAAACAUGCAAUUUUUUUACCAAAAAUAAUAGGUACGUACUGAUCAGAUUAUGAUGGGUUGACACCUGAACUAGGAUGAAUAUGUCUCAGGUAAUCAACCCUCCAACAUAUUCAUAAAGUUAUGUACCAUUUAUUAAACAAUUUAUUAAUCCAGAUAACUGUUCUUAAGAUAUAAAUUCAAUGAAAUAAUAGCUAAAGCAGUUUGUUGUGUGUGUGUGUGUGUGUGUGUGUGUGUGUGUGUGUAUUCCUAUUCAUAAAGUUAUGUACCAUUUAUUAAUCCAGAUAACUGUUCUUAAGAUAUAAAUUCAAUGAAAUAAUAGCUAAAGCAGUUUGUUUGUAACAAAACCAAAAGUAAUAAAUCUACAUUGUUCUCUUUUGCGUCAUCUCUCAGUAAAUGCCACCGCCGGGGUUCGAACACGGGACAUUUAGUGUCCAUUGUAUAAUGUUGUCCUUAUAAAAUGUGUUCUCAACAACAUAUGUAAUACUUUGUAAGUAUGUCUAAGGGUACUAGGGUAUUUGACAGUAUCUAUACAUAUAAUAAAAUGGUAGCAAAGUCAAAACUCUACAUUUGACUUUUUUUUAAAAGAAUACAAUCGAUACCGAAGCCAAAAAUAUAGUUUUUAGAAUUUUUGUCUGUUUGUCUGUAUGAAUGUCCGGGAUAAAUUCAAAAAGUAGUGCAUGGAUUUGCUUCAAAUUUGGCACGAAUAUUAUUAAGAAGUCGGGUCAACAUAUAGGCUACAUAUUAUCACGCUAUCACCUACGGGGAACGAGCAGUGAACCUUUAUUUCUAACUAACUCCACGCGUACGAAGUCGCGGGCGGCAGCUAGUUCAAAAUAAAGUGUCAAUUGUUGGCAUCUUUAUUAAGAUUGAACAUUGGCCGCGGUUUUAUUUAUUUAUACUUUAUAGCAAAACAAACAGCAAAUGGCGGACAUAAUGCCAUAAGGCAUUCUCUACCAGUCGACCAGUAAAAGCGUGAGAAAUAAAAAUACGGGGGUGCAAUAAGGAAAUAUGCUAAAUAAACCAGGUAAGUAAUAUAUAUAUAUCAAUAGAAUACACAAAUAUUAAAAUAUAUAUACAAUUUAAACAGAAAAAUAUUGGUAAUUUUACAAAAAAAACCACAUAAAGGAAAUUGGUAGUUUUUCCAUCGAAAUUAUCACGUGACAGAAAACGCCCGAGAUCGGCGGGGGCCCUAAAAUGACGUCACACAUAGGUAAACUUCCGGCCAGUGACAUUAGUUGUACCGUUUGACGUUUGAACGGCAGCCGUGUGACGUCACACAUAGGUAAACACGCCAUAUUACCCAGAGAAACGUUUCAGCGGCAUACAGAGAGAAAGAAAGAAUUUAUAGCAUGUCUGAAAGUAACAUUUUUCAUAAUUUCUUUACUCAAAUACUCAAAAGGAUGGUAAAUAACUACUUCUUAUAGAUCUUAAGAAAAGUUUACUAGAAAACAUUCCACGCGGACCAGACAGCGGACGGGACUCGAACCCGCACCCCUCGCUAUCCGGGCGAAUGCACUGACCAUUAUGCUACCGCGGCCCUGACGGCCGUGUCAAAUUUUCUCUAGCCUUUUUUUUAUAGAGUUCAUACGCACUAGUAAAUAACCUUAGAUCGUUUUCAAAUCGUUGUCAAAUACCCUAUUUUGUAUGAAACAUAGUUUGUAAGUGUUAUGUAUUGUAAGUUACAUAUAUAUUCUUCUCAAAUGUUGAGCCGAUGUGAUGGCAUUGCACUGAGGGCAUAUUUUCUUAGCUUUCAGUGAUUGGAGCCAACAAACCUGGAAAAUGUCAAACUUAUAUUUAAUUUUCUUCCUAUUUAAUAUGCGGGGUUAAUUUUAAAACACCAACAACCUCUUAUGGGGUGAUUCUACCCAUCGACAGGAACAACUUUUAUUAUGGGACCAUUAUUCUACGGCCUGGGUUCCGAACCUGGGGGUAAUUACCCCUCCGGGGGUAAAAAAGCCAUAAAUCGGGGGUAACAAAGAACCAAAUUACUUGAUCAAAUUUAAAUAAUAAGAAAAUACUAAAGAAAAUAUAACUAGAAAAAAAAUCCACGCGGACCAGGCAGCAGACGGGACUCGAACCAGCACCCUUCGCAAUCGCAAAUUAUGCUACCGCGGCCCUCACGGACCGCGUUGAAAUUCUUCUAGCCAUUCUUAAGCUGCAAGGCAGCGCCAUCUCUUCGCAUUAUAGGUAACCCACAAUAGCAUAAUUGGUCAGUGCAUUCAGGGUCCGAGUCCCGUCUGCUGCCUGGUUCUCGUGGAUUUUUGAAGUGAAACUUCUUUAUCGGCGUUGGAAAAAAAUUUACCGUCAAAUUUUUUUCGGUUACGCGGCACGUUUUUUGGUUACGCGCCAUCUUUUUUUUAAAAGAGCACUAUUUACCUCAUCCGAACAAUUGCUUCUUCUGUCAACUUUAAAAAAAAAAAGUAUCGACAGCAAAUAUUCGUGUUUCACACAAGGUAAGGUAAGGUAAGGUAAGGUAAGGUAAGGUAAGGUAAGGUAAGGUAAGGUAAGGUAAGGUAAGGUAAGGUAAGGUAAGGUAAGGUAAGGUAAGGUAAGGUAAGGUAAGGUGUAGUUAUACCCCUUUAGUGGGCGAGUUUUUGAAAAAUCUUAGCGCACGCCUAUAUAUAUAUUUCUGGAAAGUUGGAUGUAGAUCAUUUUUCGAAAAAAAUAAGGCCAUAAAGAAGUUUCACUUCUUACGUGUGUACACUAGUACACGCACACAUUUUUUUUACUAGUUAUAUUUUCUUUAGAUUUAAACAUCAAGCAGUUACAUGCUUUAACCGACGACGACGACGACCUCCGUGGCCGAGUGGUUUGUACGCCGGGUUUCAUGGCUGUCGCCGACUCGACAGGUCCCGGGUUCGAAUCCCGGUGGGGGCAGAUGUUUGUGUGAUGAAUACGAGCAUUUGUACUCCAGUCAUGGAUGUUUAAUAUGUAUUUAUAUAAAUAUAGUUAUAUAUGUACAGUAUAUGUAUUCUAUCCGUUACCCUAUUAUCCCAUAACACAAGCCUUAUAGUGCUUACUUUGGGGCUAGGCUAAUUGGUGUGAGUGUCGGUAAUAUUUAUUUAUUUAUUUAUAUUUAUUUAAAAUUAAUAAAAAUUGUAAGAAAAUACUAUAUAAUAAUACUAAUAAAUAGAGCAUGCGCUCCUUCUUGCUAGCGAGCCCGCGGGGUCCUGAUUGUGGGAAGCGGGGCGGUAUUUUCUCCUGAUGAUGACAUUAUAAGAGACGAAGAUGUAGCGGCCAAAAUGGAAUUUCUUGGACUGAUGAUAACAUUUUAAAUUCGGGGUAAAAUCUGUUUUCCUAAUAGGUUACAGGGGUAGUCGUAUUGGAAAGGUUAGGAUGGGACCAACGCUGAAAUCACGAAAUAAAAAUCUGUUCAGACAGCGGACGGGACUCGAACCCACAUCCUUCGCUAUCCGGGCGAAUGCACUGACCAUUAUGCUACCACGACCCUAUUAGCCGCGUCGAAAUUUUCCUAGCCUUAAGCUGCAAGGCAGCGCCAUCUCCUCGCAUUGUAGUUGUUAAAUAUAUGUAAUUUAAAGUAAAAGUUUUUAAAAUAAAACCAUUACAUUUUGAGUUAUCUCUGUCAAGUGACAAAAUAUAUUUUUUUAUAAAAGACAUGACAAUUAAAAAAGUUUCUAAUACAACAUCCUUCUUCUUUAAUAACAAAAAAAAUCUUUUUUUUUUUAUAUCAACAGAAAAAUAUUUAUAACACAACACACUCAAAACUUACAAUAAAACUAUUUAUAAGUAAAACCAAAUCGAUCAGGCGGGCGACUUACACGACCUGAUGAAGUUACCAAAUAUCCAUCUGAAUUUCUAUUCAUCAAUGGCCUACUUCCGGCCUGCUCUGGUGGUAAAUUAUUUACACUAUGAGGAACGUCAAUAUCAUCCGGAAUAUAAAAAGGAACAAACGCUAAAGGUUUGAUAUAUAUUCUAUUACGGAUAAAGUGAACACCAUUAGAAAUAAUUUUGUAAGUUCGUUUAUCCAAUGCACAUAUGAUUACACCAUUUCUCCAUUGUUUCCCAAUUUUAAAAAUAACUUUUUCUCCCCUUACUAGUGGCCUUAAGUCUUUCUUAUUUCUAUCAUAAUAUACUUUACUUUUAUAUUGUUUCUGUUCUAAAUUGGAUCUUAAAUUAUCAAAGAUUUUUGGAUUCAAACUAUUUGAAGACAAAGGCAGAAUACCUCUUAUCUUUCUGUUGAAGAAAAUUUGAGCAGGUGAAGGGAUUUCAAGAGAUAUAGGAGUGUUCCUUAACUCUAACAUGACUAAAUAUGGGUCCUUCUUUUCAUAAAAAGCUUUUUUAAGUAAGUUCUUGACAGUUUGAAUUGUCCGUUCCACCAUACCAUUGGAUUGAGGAUACUCAGGACUAGAAAAUUUAUGGUCAAUAUUCCAUUCUUUGCAAAAUGAAUGAAAUUUUUCACUAGAAAACUGAGGACCGCCAUCACUAACGAAUAUUUCAGGAAUUCCAUUACGACUAAAAAUUUGUUUUAAAUGAUUAAUAACAGCUUCACUUGUCGUGCUAUUUAAUAAAGAUAUUUCCGGAUAUUUGGAAUAAUAAUCAACAAUUAGUAAAUACAUUUUACCAUUCAGUUCAAAUAAAUCACCUGCAACUUUUUGCCAAGCAUAAUGUGGGACAGCAUGUGGUAUCAGUGUCUCCUGCCUAUUAUUAUUACUAUGAAGUUUACAGAUAUUACAAGAAGAAACCAAAUUAUUAAUGUCAUUGUAUAUGCCUGGCCAAUAGAGACAGUCUCUUGCCCUCAACAGCGUUUUUGUAAUACCCAGAUGCGGAAAAUGUAAACGUUUUAGCAUUUCUCGCCUCAGUCCAAACGGAAUAACAAUACUAUUACCUUUAAAUAUAAUAUCUGAUUUAAAGGUCAAAUCAUUUCUAACGGGCCAAUAUUUUCUAACUAUACUCGGUAUUGAAUUUUUGUGAGAUGGCCAACCCUGAGAUAUAUAUUUUUUAACAAGAAUCAAUUCACUGUCUUCCAUUGUCAUUUGUUUAAUAUAAUUUAACUGUGAUUCUGACGCAUUAAUACUACUUACAAUAAAAUCAAUCUGUGCCUCAAUCUCGUCAGUAUCCAAAUCGAUUUCUAAAAAAUCAUUGUCAUCAUAAGAUCUCGACAAAGUGUCAGCCAAAUACAAUUCCCUGCCACGCUUGUAAAUUAAUUCAAAGUCAUAUUUUUGCAACUUAAGUAACAUUCGCUGAAUACGUGCAGUACAUGCGUUUAAUGGUUUUUUAACAAUAGAAAUCAGUGGGGAAUGGUCCGUUUCAAUAGUUACUUUUCUACCAAAUAUAAACUGAUUAAACCUUUCACAAGCAAAUAGGAUAGCGAGUAGCUCUUUCUCAAUUUGAGCAUACCUCUUUUGACAGUCAUUUAAAGCUUUAGAAGCAUAUGAAACAGGAAGGUUAUUUUGGAGUAGAACUGCUCCAAGGCCAUCUUUUGAAGCAUCAACGGACAGUAUAACAGGAAGAUCUUCAUUAAAAAACUGAAGAACUGGCUCCGAGGCCAGCUUUUUCUUCAAAGCUUGGAAAAUCUUUUCGUGGUUUUCCAACCAAUUAAAUUCACAAUGUUUUUUCAAAAGAUUUCUUAGAGGAGCACUUAAAUCAGCAAAGUUAGGAAUAAAUUUUGAAACGUAAUUGAUAACACCUAAAAAUCUUUCUAGUUCUUUCCUGUCUCGAGGGCUUUUCAUUGCAACGAUUGACCUAAUCUUUCCUUCAUCAAGUUUUAAUCCUCCUUUACUAAUUAUAUGGCCCAAGUACUUAACUUCAGCUAAAUUUAAUUUACAUUUAUCUUUAUUCAAUUUAAUAUUUUCUUGUCUUAAUCGGGCCAAAACUGAACGCAAACGUCUAUCAUGCUCCACCUGAUUUUUCCCCCAAACCAAAACAUCAUCGAUAAAGACUUCUGUCCCUUCUAAAUUUUCCAAUACUUCUCUCAUUCUUUGUUGAAAAACUUCCGAAGCGCUACACAAACCAAACGGCAUUCUCAAAAAUUUGUACCUACCAAACGGAGUAUUAAAACAACAAAGGUCAGAACUAGCUGCUGAUAAUUUGAUAUUCCAAAAGCCAUUUUUAACAUCCAGUGUGCUAAAAACAGUAGCGCCUGCUAAUUUACUUGUUAUUUCCUCAAACGUGGGUAAGCUAAAAUGUUGCCUCAUAAUCACUUGAUUAAGAUCUUUCGGAUCUACACACAGUCUCAGAUCACCGUUCGGUUUGUAAACAAUCACUAACGAAUUCACCCAUUCAGUUGGAUGUGUCACUUUCAUAAUUACAUUCUGUCGUUCCAUUUCAUUCAGCUUUUCUUUUAAUCGAGAUUUUAUACUUAUGGGUACUUUUCUACAGGCAUGUAUGACAGGCACCGAAUUUUCUUUUAUUUUAAUAUCAUACUCUCCUCUAAUGCAACCUAAACCUUCAAAAACAUCUUUGAAUUCUUGAAAAAUAUCUACUUUUUUCUCUAUUUCACGCAAAGGUUUUACAAGUUCCAUGUCAAUGGCCGAUUUAAGUCCUAAUAUAUUAGUAUAGCGUCCAGAAACAACAUAAAAGUUAAGAUAAAAUAUUCUGUCAUUGUACUUACACGAAAGAGAGCAUCGACCUAGGCACGGAAUGCAUUCGCCCGUAUAUGUGGUGAGCUUAGUAUUAACUGAUAUUAAGUUAUUUUUAUCUAUACCAAGGAAAAAUAAUGAAUCGUCAGAUAAAAUAUUCGCCUGUGCACCUGUGUCCACUUUAACCUGCAAAGGAAAAUUAUUAAUUUCUAAAGUAAUACACCAAUCAUUUGAGUUGACAACAGCGUUGAUAAAAAUCGCACCUAAAAAUAGCAUAUCGAUUUCAUUACAUUCAUCAUCGUUUUCUUUUAUUUCGCUAAUGCUUCUGCAUUUUGUAGAAAAAUGAUUUCGUUUUCCACAUUUUAAACAGUUUUUUCCAAAAGCCGGACAUUUAUAUCUGUCAUGAGAAUAACCACAAUUCUUACAAAUAAAUCCAUUUCGUUUCUUUUGCUGCUGUGACGUAGAGUGACGUUUUAUAUCCACAUGUGUGUUAACUGCAGAGGUUGAUGGAUAAAUAUUCUCUUUAGUGUUGUUGCGAACCAUAUUCAAACUUUUUUCAUCACUUUUGUCAAUUUGUGAUAAAAAAUUAUGCAAUCCCGAAUAACACGCACUUGGAGACGUAAUGGCUUCAACCUGCUGCUUUGUUCGUUGAGAAGUGCAACAUAUUUCUAGCGCUCUAGACAAUGUCAAUUCCUUCGUACGUAGAAGACGAUCUUUCACAGCUACGUCUAAAAUUCCACAUACAAUCCUGUCUUUUAUUAAACUCUCAGUUAGUGGUCCAAACUCACAAGAUGCACUUAAGUCACGCAAUUCCAUUACAUAGUUUUCAUAUGUCUCCUCUUCUUUUUGAUUCCGGGUAAAAAACAAAAAUCGUUCGUAUGUCACAUUUUUAUCUGGGCAGAAAUGUUCAUCAAAUUUUUCAAUUACUUUAUUAAAAUUCCUUUUGUCGUCGAUUUUUUCGAAUGUUAAAGUGUUGUACAGUUUCAAUGCUCGAUCACCUACAGCACUUAGUAGCAAAGCUGUUUUUAUCGCAUCAUCACUUACGCUGUUUCCUGAUGCCAGCAGAUAUAUUUCGAACUUUUGCUUGAAAAACAUCCAAUUUUCAGAUAAAUUACCUUCCCAAGAUAAUUGGGAAGGAAGUGCUAUAUGCGGGAAUUGAUUUAAUGUUUUCCUUUCUUCGGCUAGUUGCGAAGAUUGUGGCAUUUUGAAAAAUGAUCACUUUAUAUCACUUUAUAUUAUAUUUAUAUACUUCACUUCACACGCACCUAUCUUAAUUCAAUAAAAAAUAUUAGUUUACCGACUGCGCCAUGUUAAAUAUAUGUAAUUUAAAGUAAAAGUUUUUAAAAUAAAACCAUUACAUUUUGAGUUAUCUCUGUCAAGUGACAAAAUAUAUUUUUUUAUAAAAGACAUGACAAUUAAAAAAGUUUCUAAUACAACAGUAGUAACCCACAAUGUCAAAUGAAUACUUUUUCAAGUAUUAAACAUUUGAAAGAAGAAAUAGCAAUUAUAUUUAUGAUUUUAUUUAUUUUUUAAGCAUUUAACUGCUAGAUGUUUAAAUCUAAAGAAAAGUUUACUAGAAAAAAAUCCACGCGGACCAGGCAGCGGACGGGACUCGAACCCGCAUCCUUCUAGUAAACUUUUCUUUAGAUUUAAACAUCUAGCAGUUAAAUGCUUAAAAAAUAAAUAAAAUCAUAAAAAUCUGUUGUAUAAAAGUGUAUCAGCUAUAAUCGACCAAAAUGGUCGAAAAGGACUUAACGCAAAUUGAAACUCAAAUCACUUGGACUUUGCUAAGUCUGUUUAUAAAGUUAAUUUUCAAUUUGGUAAAUAACAAUCGAGAUAUCCAGAAUUUGUAUAAAAUUAUUCUACGGGAUAAAUAUAGAUACGAAAAUGGAUGUGUUGUAAUUUAACGACCGAUUUGUGUGGUAUUUUGACGACCUCCUUGGCCGAGUGGUUUGUACGCCGGGUUUCAUGGUGUCGCCGACUCGAGAGGUCCCAGGGUUCGAAUCCCGGUGGGGGCAGAUGUUUGUGUGAUGAACACGAGCAUUUGUACUCCAGUCAUGGAUGUUUAAUAUGUAUUUCUAUAUAAAUAUACUUAUAUAUGUAAAGUAUAUGUAUUCUAUCCGUUACCCUAGUAUUCCAUAACACAAGCCUUACAGUGCUUACUUUGGGGCUAGGCUAAUUGGUGUGAGUGUUGGAAAUAUUUAUUUUAUUUUUAUUUUAUUUUAAAUCUCACUUUUAAAAUUUUGUGGACUUUACCAACUUUAAUUGUAUACCCCUAAUGUAUGAUGAAUGUAUGAGUAGUGUUGUAUGAGACUUACCUCACAAUAGACGUGCCAGCAUUGUAUGGAGACAGUGGGUGAUGAAUGUGGACUGAGGCAUAUAAGACAUUUGGCCUGCAAUACAAAACAUUAUACAGUACUUUAUUGAAAUCACUACUGCAUACAGUACAGAAUUUUAUGACGACCUCCGUGGCCGAGUGGUUUGUACGCCGGGUUUGGUGUCGCCGACUCGAGAGGUCCCGGGUUCGAAUCCCGGUGGGGGCAGAUGUGUGAUGAACACGAGCAUUUGUACUCCAAUCAUGAAUGUUUAAUAUAAAGUAACAACAGAAUACAUAUAUAAAGUAUAUGUAUCAUCAUCAGCCUAUUUAUGUCCCCACUGCUGGAGCACAGGCCUUCCCUAUGGAUGGAAUACGGAGAUUGGGCCAUGACCCACCACGCGGGCCCAGUGCGGAUUGGUGGGUGCUAACGACUGCAGAUGCAGCCGGGACCAACGGCUUAACGUGCCUUCCGAAGCACGGAGGAGCUCGAGAUAGUAAAUUUUUUGGUCACCCAUCCAAAGACCGACCACUGCGAAAGUUGCUUAACUUCAACGAUCGCAGCCGAACGCACUAACCACUUGCGCCAUCGAGCUCCUACUAAGUAUAUGUAAAGUAUAUGUAUUCUGUCGUUACCCUAGUAUCCCAUAACACAAGCCUUAUAGUGCUUACUUUGGGGCUAGGCUAAUUGGUGUGAGUGUUGGAAAUAUUAAUUUAUUUCAACGAUCGCAGCCAACGAUAUUAAAUACCCUAGAUACACCAACACGAACAAAAUCAUGUCCGAAACCUGUCCAAAAGGUACAUUGGAAAUUCCACGGAGCUCCGUAAGACGAUCGCGUAGUCUAAACAAUGUAAGGCAUUAUUUAAACAUUGCAAAUCACCUUUAAAGCAUACUGUAUAAGUUCUUAAUUAAAACGCAUGCGUCAAAGACGUAUGACAGUCCGAAAUGUAAGCUCGUAACAGUUUACGACUUAUUGUUAUAUGCGGAAGAAUAAAGACCUUAUUUCUGACUCGGAAUGCGCUGUUAGCAAUAUAGCAGGUACGGACCGCGAGGAAAAGAGACGGCUAUAUUACAGACCAUGCAUUUGAAUAUCACAAAUAUUUUCCAUUAAAUCAGUUUAUAGUAAGUAUUAGAUCAAAAUUUACUUCAAAUGCGUUAAAUUAACAAACUUUGAUUAGAUACCUGUCGAAAAAACGACAUUUUACAGACUAAAAGUAUUUUUUUCGCAUUUUUUCAUGGAGCUCAGCGGCAUGUUGACUUUUCAAUGGUCCGCGCGUGACUGUGAACCAAGAAGUGCUUGAGUCAUGUUCAAGCACUUCUUGAUUGGGACACAUUUCGAGCGCUCGUGGUGUAUCUAGGGUAUUUAAUAUCGUUGGACUUCAUAGAAAAGUUAUUAAUUAAUUGUCCUUUCAGAAAAGUAAAAUAGCUGCUAAUAAUUAUACUAAAUGCUGAUGCCAACAAUUGGUGCAUUAUUUUUCAUACUGUCAAUUAGUCUCACCAUCACCAUCAGCCUAUUCCCAGUCCCCACUGCUGGGGCACAGGCCUCACCUAUAGAUGGAAAAGGGAGAUUGGGCCAUGACCCACCACGCGGGCCCAGUGCGGAUCAGCGGGUGCUAACGACUGCAGAUGCAGCCGGGACCAACGGCUUAACGUGCCUUCCGAAGCACGGAGGAACUCGAGAUUUUGGUCACCCAUCCAAUGACCGACCACUGCUUUCACGAUCGCAGCCGAACGAGUUAACUACCCGCGCCAUCGAGCUCCUCCAAAUUGUCUUAUUAAUUUGUAUGGUACAUGGCUUGUUUACCGGUUUAUUUUCAAACCUAAAUCAGUGUCAAGUACAUUAGGAGCGUUUUAUUAAGGUUUGGCUCUACCUUAACCUUAAAAAACCGGUUUUUCUAAAAAGCGAAAUCAAAUAGGUUUUUAAUCAAUUUAGCGGUUUUUAAAGGGUUUCAUUUCGCUCUUACUGACGGCUGAAAUAAAUACACAACUACAAAAUGAAUACCUAGACUCACUCGAAGCUAGCAAACGUGUCAAUAAAUGCAUCAAACUCUGAGCAUUAACAAGUUGUGACUUGAUUAGUUCAAAUAAAACAAACUUCAAUCGAUGCCGACGCGUGCACGUGUCGCUCUGGAUUAAACCGGUUUAUUAAGGUUUUAGGUACCGCUUUCAUUUCGGACGCGCUCCGAACGAAACCUUUACUAAAAACUAAUAAAAAUACCGGUAAAUAAAGGUUAAUACCGAACCUUUAUUUACCGGUAUUUUUGAAACCGGUUUCAAGCCCUGGUAUGUUGCGACGACAGCAAACGACUUUUACGUUUCGUGGCACGCGCUGAGGUAAGGAAUUAAUUAAAAAACUUACUUCGGACGCACUGUUCUGUCUUCUCUCCAAUUCUUUGAUUUUCACUUUCAAAGCUUGUAUCCUUGUCUGAAAACAAAAGAUAAUAAUUCUUUUAAAGAAAAUAUAACUAGAAAAAUUCCACGCGGAUCAGGCAGCAGACGGGACUCGAACCCGCACCCUUCGCAAUCCGGGCGAAUGCACUGACCAAUUAUGCUACCGCGGCCCUCACGGAUCGCGUCGAAAUUCCUCUAGCCAUUCUUAAGCUGCAAGGCAGCGCCAUCUCUUCGCAUUGUAGGUAACCCACAAUGUCAAAUGAAUACUUUUACAAGUAUUAAACAUUUGAAAGAAGAAAAAGCAAUUACAGUCAUAAUAGGCUAGUUUACUCAUGUCGAAUUGUAUGAAAUAAAUGUUUAUUUCUUAAAGUGUUUAGUCUAAGGAACCUUAAUAUAUCGAUUUCACUUCAUAAAAGCAGAAGAUUGCUGUAGAAAUUUAAUUUUAAAAAAUAUUUUUUAGUCUAUAUUUUUUAAACACUAAAAACGCUGUUCGCCACUUUCGCCAUGAUUUUGACGUCUCUUGUGGUAAACAACUAAAUGUCAUUCGCGUGUUACUGUAGAUGGAUUCUUUCGUCUGACUAAAUUUAUCUUAAAACACUUUUAACUUUAGGAAAGAAAAAAACAGUAAACUUAGUUUUUUUUUACUAAACAAAUUAUGGAUGCCGGCUUUGUGAAAGCAGAAAGCACAAAUCUGCCAAGAAUUGACGCAUUGAUGGUUGGUGAAUUUGUUGCACUAAACCCCGAUUUCUGCUCUGCGGAGCAGAGAAACGACAAGGCAUCUAUGUAAGUUCAGUGCAUUUAGUAUUACAAUGUAGUAAUAAACAUAAAACUGAUAUAACAUAUGAAUAAGUGUAAUAAAGUUGCGUAGGUUAAUUUCUUUCGGCACUUUAAUCCACAACUUUCCUGGAGUCUUCAAGGAUGUGUUUUUAUAUUCUCGUACAAUACAGUAAUGAUAAUUACUUUAUUUUUCGUGGUAUUUAUUAGAAAUCAUGUUUUUUUUAUUAUAAACUCAGUUAAAAGUAAUUUUCUACGUGUUUACGAGUUUUUGUUUACCACAGUUCACGUCAUAGCAUAGACAAUCUAUAGACUAAAAUGGCCGACAGCGUUUUUGUAUGUCCAUGAAAAGUCUAUUUUAAAAUUAAAGAUUUGUAGCUUUCUAGGUUUAAAAAAAAUACAAUACAUUUUUUUCGGUCUAAUAGAACAUUAAUUAACCAUUUAAAACCUUUUUCCAAAAAGGGUCAACUAGCCUAUUUUAAUUUAUUUUAUUAUACCUAUAACUUAAAUCAAUUAAUAUAAUAACUUAGAGUCUUUUGAAGGUACCGAACAUUUUUCCGAGAUAAAAAAUAUACUACACACUAGAGAUGGGCGUUUUUAGAUAUUUAUGAAAUCGAUGCGUAUCGGUACAGUACAAUCCGUUUAUUAUGACUUCGAAGGAAAUCGACAAACACACUAAGCGGACGUCAUACAAAGCAUUUUAGUGAAACUUUUUUGAUUGUGAGAUGAGUUUGAUUAUCCAUUUUCUAAUCAGCAUAAUAAUAUGCUUUGCACCUUUUUCCUCAUUCGUGCAUGCUUUACGACGUUGAGAUGACAUUUUUUUACAUAGGAUAUCACUAAAAACAAUGCGUCAUGUUCAAUUUGAAUCAACGAACAUUGUUCAAAUCUCAAAAAGUCAAGUUAUAAAUAAAACACCAAAAUCUGUGGCAAAGGUUGUCUAUUUCAAAAUAAUAUUGAACUUAAGUGUAUUCGAAAAACAAACUAAAUACCGUGAUUCAGAACUUGCAUAGAAAAAUAUUAAACAUAACAGUAACGCCAUCUAUGGAUGAAUUUGAUAAAUUAAAUAAUAUUACUACAUACUUAACAAACAUUAGAGGGCGUCCAUAAACUACGUGAGGUGUUUUUUUGAAUUUUCUGUCCCUCCCUCCCCCCCUGAUGAGAUGUCGUGAGAUUUAUUCAACCCCCUCCCCCAUUCCCCAAUCUCACGUGAGAUUUUUCAAAAUGUGGGUUUCUUACGUGAAUGCGUUGGAUUGUUAUUGUAUAAAGAAAAAAAAAUAGUGAAUGAUCUUAAUCGUAUUACGAUUACGCUUAAGAUUCAAUCUUAGCAUGUACAAUCUGGAUUAAAUGGACCAAAAAGUAUAUUUUUUUUUGUUUCAAUCAGAAAAAAAAUGCGUGAUAUUUGACUCGACCCCCCCCC